AUGUACUUAUCAAGAACACUUCAAAUACGUACACCUCUUGUAUCUGAUGCUGGUACUGACACUCAUUCGCUAUCUAUCAAUGCGUCUGCGUCUGCGUCUUCGUCUUCGUCCUCAAGUCAAAUUUAUCAAGUUUUAGCAAAUAAUGCUAUUAUUCUGCUGAAGAAGGGACAUGUAUGUCUAGAACUUAUAAAGCAUGUCGGUACUGAGUACCUCCUGCUUAAUAUUAGAGCUAAAGCAAUCGACAAAGGUGUCAUUGUUGACAGUAAAUCUAAUUACCUUGACAUCAAUAAACAUCUCGCGUGGUUAAAUCGUAAAGAUGAAAGCACAACAAUAUUCCAUCUAGAUGCAGCCAUAGUCACGAUCCCACACAAAGCCCAGACUAUCACUUUGGGAUAUAUAGAAGUGAAGCUAUCAGAUUUCCAAGUCAAUCCGGAGUUGGAAUUUUUGGACCUGAUUCGUUUGGAAACAUUUGCUCGCCAUUUCAUGCAAUAUCAGAAGGCUAUUCCUCUUGUUUGA